AUGACAGAUCUCCUCGCUCGCAUCGAUGGCCUCGACGACGUCCUCUCGACACGCAUCCUCGACUUUGCCGGACCGCUCUCGCUCUACCACUUGGGCCGCGGCAUUUGGGCCAGCGCAUCGUCGAGUCGCUCGGACGCCGAGAUUGAAGCUGUGUACAUUGAUGCGUACGCAAUGGACUGGCCCGGCGACUUGACGUCACUACCGAGCGGCGGCCCGAGCCGUGAGCGCGACCGCGUGAGCGGAUCGUUCGAGCACAUUCGGACGCUUUUCAUGUACGAGCGGUAUCAAGCGGCCAUCGGGUACGCCGUCACCCUCGACUGCGGCUUUCGUGACGGCUACGACAUCAACGGCCGAGAAGCGCGGCGGCGCAACUUGUCGUUCGACAUUCAGCCGAGUAGCCUCGACGAUGUUGGCUUGCGCAACUGCUGGGACUUUGCCGUAACGCCGUACUUGCAUCGCCCGAUCGCGCUCGCCCACGCCGCGGCGUACGGUGGCCACGCAGCGCUGCUCUACGCUCUGGGCGACGACUACGGCGUCGAUCUCGCACGUCUGCGCGACGCACCGGACAGCAACGACCUCCUCAUGGACCAUGCGGCCGGUCGCGGGUACCUGAAUGUGCUCAUGUGCCUCACGGCCGCCGGCAACAAGCACUGCACGACGCGUGCAAUGGACGACGCGAUCAUGAACGGCCACCUCAAGGUAGUCAAGUGGCUGCACCUGGCCCGCGACGAAGGCUGCUCCCGCCACGGAUUUGACCUUGCGUACAAGCAGCGAGCAAAGCUGCCGAACGGAGCGGCGAUGCUCUCUUUUCUCGAAGACGCGCGUGGGUACGGCUUUCCGGAAACGUCGCUGAUCGAGGCAGCGAGCUGCGGCGAUCUUCGCUUUCUGCGGGCCGCCUUGUCGGUACCAUGCACAGCGCGCGUGAUGGACGCCGCCGCCUGCUCCAACCAGCUCGAGGCGGUGCAGUUUCUACAUCGGCACCGCACCGAAGGCUGCUCGGAGGCUGCCUUCACGAGCGCGGCGGCGACCGGAUCACUUCCAGUCGUGACGUUCUUGUGUGUCCAUUAUCACGACGCCAGCCACCUCGUCAAGGCGAUGACCGAAGCUGCGCGCCACGGCCAUUUGCACAUCCUUCAGUAUUUGCACGGUCGCGUGCCGGUCGGGACCGCGGGCACCAAGCCCAUGAAUGCCGCGAUUCGUAAAGACCACGUAGAGAUUGUUCAUUUCCUGCAGACGCAUCGUCCGAGCGAAGGCUGCACGUCUCGCGCUUUGGAAGACGCACUCUGGAACAUCGACGACGACCUCUACACGUUUUUGGUCGGCGUCCGGCCCGAGCUUCUCUCGCAGACAACGCUCGAGGCUGCGGCCGGCCACGGCCAAGAAGACAUUGUGUGGGACCACUACGCACGUGGCUUUCGCAGCGACCGCGCGAUGGCGUGGGCGGCGCAGUGGGGCGAGUUUGACUGGGUGCGCAAGCAUCACCAAGUCUACAACGAGCCGUGCACCGACGAGGCGACCGAUCGCGCGGCCGGGCAAGGCUUCAACGAAAUUACAACGUACCUCUUGGCGGCCGGCGCCUCAUUCACGUACCAGGGCAUCUACAGGGCGGCCUGCAACUACAAGUACAAGACGUUAGAGCUGCUCGUCGCCCGCGAUGAGACCAAGCACCGCUGCAACCUUGCGAUCGCGCGCGCGCUGAGUGCCAAGUACGUCCGCGCAGCCCAAGACAUUUACAACGCGGCCGGGUUCACGGGCGACUUGGCCGCGUGGAAGCAGUACACGGCGCUCAUCGACCCUGCACGGGAGGACCUGCCCAAUGACCUGGAUGUGCGCAACGCCGAGAUCGUCUCGGACCUCGAGGACAAAUCGGACGAAGACAUCGAAGACGAAGGCGACGACAGUGAUUACGAGGACUUUGACUACUGAAAAGAGCCCUACACGACCCAAAAUAUGAUUGAAACGGCC